AUGUUCUCCUCUGCCCAGCUCGUCUCCGGCCUAAACCCAGGAUGGUGGUUAAGCAAGGGAGAAAGCCGUAAAGCCGACCCUCUGCAGCCGGCUGCUUGGUGGUCUGAGAUACUGAAAGUGUCAGGCUGCUCUGAGGCUGAGCUCUCUAUUGGUGAUUCUGCGACUACGGCAAUUUCGGAGCGCACUUUGAUAAUUGCUGCUCUUCUUGGCCCAGUUAGGGAUGUCAAGCCAUGA